UAAGUGUCAGGUACAAUUUAUUCUUUUUUAUUUCACUUAACAUAUUGAGCAAUCAAAUAAAACAUGUCGUAAAAUCGAUUUUGUUUUCGCCAAUCACUGCAAAUAGUUGAUGUGCAUAUUAACAUUUCUAAAAAAAGCCGAGCUUUAAGUCUUGAAAAUAUUGUUCUUAAUGUGAAAUUACAGGUUAAUAAAAAAAAGUUCAAGCGUUUACAAGACGUGAUAGAUCUAAAUGAAAUUAGCUUCGAAUUUUAAAUUAAAAAGAAGAGCAAAAAAAAUAUUGGAUACAUGAAAUACAACGUUUUACAAAUAAUUUUAGAAGCAAGGAAAUAAUGACGGAAUAUAAACAAGAUGAUGGCGAUGGUCACAGUAUAACCUACCUGGAUACCGACGGUUAUACAACUUGUACAUUUGGUGCAUCAAUAGAAACUUCAAAGAGAAUAAGAGAAAUGGCAAACUUCAAAUGUAGACCAGAUGAUGUUUUUAUAUGCGCUCCUGCAAAGUCAGGGACGCACUGGACAUGGGAAAUUAUUUCCAUGAUGAUUGCAGGGAAAGCCGAGACUAUCAAAAGAAGCAAAAUUGAGAAUAUGCUGGAGGCAUUUCCUUGGGAAGUAAUGGAAAAUUUGCCUUCCCCUCGGGUGUUAAACACUCAUGUACAUUACAGUCGCUUACCAAAAGAGGCCAAAGAACUCGGUUGUAAAUUGAUAUAUGUGCUUCGUAAUCCAAAAGAUGUGGCUGUAUCCCUAUAUAAUCAUAACAGGGGCAUACCUUUGUAUGAAUACGAUGGUAAAUGGGAAUACUUUCUACCAUUAUUCUUACAAGGAAAAA